AUGUAUGGAGUAUACCCAAAAAAGCCGUCACUUGAGGUUGUUAAGAGAAUGGAGUCACAUAUAUUGAAUAUGUACCACCAAGCUGCUUAUCGCAGUAUCGGACAUAAGAUAAUGCGCUCCACAAGUGAAUCACUCUCAUCUGAAAGUAGUUGUAAUCAAAAUAGUCCAGAAUACUCCCAAAGUCAAAGAACUAAUCAGUAUGAAGAAAUUAAUGAAGGAGAGUAUUGGAACCCUCAAGACCGUCACCAGGUGUGGAGUCAAAAUCAAAAUGUUAAUAUAACACAGUCAAAUCAAGACACUAGCAUAGAUGAAGAUGAAAAUAUAGAAGUACAAGAAGUUUCUAUAGAUGACAGGAAUUCUGAGUCUAAUGACAACAUAGAUGCAUUAGAGGAAGAAAAUAUGGAAGAGAAUUCCCUUGUCGAAGGUGAUGAUUAUGAUGUGAUACAAGUUUUCGCUGUCGAUCCAGACUUAGAUCUAGAAGCCUCAUCAGAUGAGGAGCAAGAAGAUUAUUGCAUUAAUGAAGAAGAAAGUGAGUCUGAUGUCGGCGAAUAUUUAACAUCUGAUGAUGCUGCCAGUCCAACUCAACAUGCACCUCAAAGUCAAAUAAAUAUAUGCCAAGAUAACCUAGGUAUCAAUUUUGAUGCACCUGUAGUUUCAAAUGUCGAUGAGUAUUUUAUUAAAGAUACUGAUGAAAAGCAUAUAUUGGAGGUGAAGGAUGAACCGGUCGUAAAAGAUGUCGAUGAAUAUUUCAUUAAAGACUCCAAAGAAGGUUGGCAACUUUCGCAAAAUGAAGUAGUAGAAGUUGCCAAUGCUAAAUUUAAAUUGGAAGAAUUUCCAGUACCAGUAGAGCCUGACUUUCGGAUAUCAAAGUCUGUGCCAAAACAAAUAUUUGCUCCUGAUAUUUCCUCAACAGAGAAGGAAGAGGAAAUUGAAGAUGAAAAUGAAGAUCCUGUUGCUGAAGUUUCAAUAAAUGAAUCAGAUUUAGAAGUUCUUCCUAAUAUCGAAGAUUUAAAACGAUAUCUUUUAGAAGAUUUGCCGUACACAAAAUUGAAGCAUGUGCAAAAACCAUGUUCAGUCUCUCUACCCCAUUCACCUAUGCACAAUAUUUGUAUGGACAUAGUUGAUGCGAAGACCUGUUUAAGUUUUGAAGAUCUAAAUCUUGAUUUAUCUGAUCUAACGUUUGAAAAUGAUAAGGAAAAAUCAGCUACGAGCAUAAAGAGCGACGACAUUCCCCGCGCUUUGACUGAAGAAGAUGUAAAUAGCUUCCUUAUUACUAAUAAAACAGAAUCGAAGGAGGUUGUUAAAGAGGAAGAUGAUUUAAGUACUCAAGACAUGGAUAUUGAUCGUCCUGUUGACUCAAUAAUCGAUAAUGUCGACUCUCCUGUCAUAUUGCCUGACAGAAAAUGCACCUCAACUCCUAUACCAGGUGCAAAUGUAUUAGAAUUUUGCAUAGAAAAAACUACAGUCAAAAAAGAGCCAGAUAUUAAAAUUGAAACGGACGAUUUCGUAGACGUCGAAUCGUGCAAUGAUGCUGUCAUCCCAGUUUUAGAAGCUAAUAACUUAAAUUCGCUUCUAGAACAAUUCGAAGCAACUGAGAAGUUAAAUAAUAAAACAAGGAAACCAGUUAUAAAUGUCAGCGAGGUAAAGACUAAAAAUAUUAGCUUGACAAGUGGUAUGCGACUGCAGGAUGCUGGCGUUCAAUUGAACAAAACAAAAAUGCGCCAAAUUUUGAUGCCGUCCACUGUAAAUCCGGUGAUCAGGAGAUCGCCAAGUCCCGUUCACUCUGAUCACGAUUAUUGUUCAUCGAAAAAGAGGCACAGUCUUCCCAAUUUGAAGGGAGGACAAAGCCUCCUGAAACCUGAAGUCCUGUCUAGCAACAGCAGGAUACUUAGCUCAAGGCAUAGGUCUUGUAAAAAUAAGAAAGUAGUGUACCAUCUUAGUAGUGACGACGAAAGUGACGUAAGCAGUGCUAAGAAAAACAAAAUGAUGACCAAUCGUGCUAGUGAUGACAGUGACAUUAAAACAAAUAAAAAAUCUAGUGUGAAACUAAGUGUUAAACCUCCAGUGAAUUCAAAUCAUCGUAAGAAACUAUCGCCCGCGCGUAGUGCUCCGAACGAUAUCGAAAAAAGUAACGGUUCUGUGAUGGUGAAAAAUGCUUGUAAAGCAAGUGAUACUCCUUUUAGUCAAAAUUCUAAUGGUAGCAUUAAGUUAACGAUUAAAAAUAAAUCCGAAGUUAUAAUCAAAAACUGUGAUGUUAGGGAAAAUCAUAAAGACGUAGUCAUUGAUAAACCUAAGUCUAGCGCGUGUCCGAAUAAAUUAGCGAACAAUAUAAGCAAUGUUAAAAAUAUAGAACCAAUAGAUAGGAACAAAAAUAAAGACAUGACUAGUAUAGAUAGACAUGGUAAUGUAAAUAUAAAGCAGGAAGUCAAUUCUAAGCCUGAACACUUUUAUACAGCGCUUUUUAGUAAUAAGCACGAUGUGCAAAUUCCCCAAUCGGUACACAUGAAGGUGGAGAAGAAAAGUAACGAUGAGGAAAGCAAAGCUAUUGUUGAUGUAAUUGUAAAUGAAAUCGAACAGCCACAGAAGAAGAAGAAAUUGAAUCUCCAAGAAUAUAAAUUGAGGCGAGGUGCCAAUUCUAAUAAUAAUUCGGCCCAAGUCAGCCCAGAAGCGAUAUUUCCGGAUAUAUCUUGCAACAUUAACUUGGAUAAAGAUUUUAAAAUGGCAAAUCAAGGUCAAAGACAUAGUGUUUUAGUUCAGAAGGAACAAGAAAAUUCAGAUGCCUCAAAAGUAAUUUUCGACCCGAUUAGAGAAGCUUCGAGGAAAAUCUUAAUAAAUUCAAAGAAACAAAAAGCUGAAGCUAUGCGGAAGAGGGACGAAGACAUAGUUAUGAGUAAAAUACCAAAAGUUGAAAAUUUGGAGUUACAACCUCUUAUAAGUGAUGCGGAAAUGAUGAAAAUAGUUGGCAUGACACCAGUGCCAAUUGUAACGCCACAUAUCGUUCGGGAAGAAAAACAACAAACAAAAGAUUACGACGAGAUUGUUUUAGUAAGCAUGGGAACGAAUACAGAUGAAAAUCUCUUUAUGAGAGUGGAAAGGCCACCUGAAAGUAAAAUACGUAAAUCAGAGUCACCGCCUACAGAAAAUAAAUCUACAAUAAAUUUUAAGAUUAAAAAAUCUGAUCACGUUUCUAAGCACAAUGUAUUUGACUCCGUUAAAAGUAGAAGCCCAGUUGACGAUAAAAAUCGAUCUGAUAUCAAAAUUGAUAAGGAAAGACUUAAAGAUAUCACGGCUACUCUAAAGAGUGUUGAGAAACAAGUAGAUACUAAAAUCUCAAGUAAUUCGCUGUUCGCUAGCAUACAAGACGUUGUGAUGAAGAAAGCUCCGUCAGUUAUUGCCACGUCAUCGAUUGGAGAACAGAAACAAAUAAAACUUAAUUCUCCGACUGAGAAACGCGAAGCAUUUAAAUACGCAAAAACGACUAUAAUACGUGAUUACGAUGCGAAUGGCGAGCAUGGAGAAGACAAAGUUAUACUUCAUUUAGAGAAAAAGAGAAAGAAACCAGAUUACGCUGCUGUGGAUAUCCAAACCGAUGCCACGCCUGAGUUUGGAGAUUUGGUUAAGAUUCCUGAAAGACUCAUCGUUAAAGAUAACAGUCCGUCACCUAGAAAAAGAAAUGACAGUGACAUGUCAAUGUCAAGCGAAGAUAGUCCAGUUCGUGCGAAGAAAGUCCAAAAUGUGCCAACAACGAAAUCUGAUGAAAAAACAGUUAAACCAAGGCCUGACAGCAGACGGCAGCUAAACAGAUCACAGUCAAAGGAAAAGAGAUCACGGUCAAGAGAUAGGCAUGAUGUUAAAUACCGACGGUCGCAGUCACAUUCCCGUGGCCAUAGACGGAAACGUUCACCGAGUCGGAAACGUUCGCCAAGUCGGAAUAGGUCGAGAUCUCGCGGUCGUUACAGGAGAUAUCGUCGUUCAGACUCUCCUUACAGGAGGAAACGAACGAGAUCUCCCUACAGAUCGAGAAGAUCGCCAUCCAUUCGACGAGAUUACAGAGCGAACCGAUCGCGAUCAAGAUCGAAACACACAGAACGAAAAUCGAGAAGUCCAGUUCCUAAAAAGAAACUCAGUCCCCCCAAAUAUAGUGUAAUUAGUGAAUUAAAACCGACUAAAUCGUUAACACCGCCAAUAAGGAAACCAACUAUAUCUGAAAGUUCUGAGUCAUCUACAUCUUCGAGUUCGUCCUCGUCAAGUAAUACAACAGUGUCUUCUAAAUCCCGAAGAUCGUGUAGUCCAUAUAGGAAAGACGAUUCAUUCAAAAAGAAGGGUUACAGAAGCUCUUACAGCUCUGAAGACAGAGAGAGCAACACGCCCGUUGAAGAGAGACGUAUAGUGUUUGUUGGUAGGUUAGAUAAGGACGUGACUAAAGCAGGUUUGCGUGCGCAGUUCGUCAAAUUCGGACCAGUCACUGAUGUACGAUUGUAUUCGAAGGAAGACGGCUCUCGUUACGGGUUCGUAACCUUCCAACGGCCUAGAGACGCCUGGUCUGCCGUCGAGGCGGCCAGUACGUUCCCCCAAUACGAUGUGGGUUUUGGUGGCCGUAGAGCGUUUUGUAGGCAAAGCUAUGCAGAUCUUGAUGGCCUGGAAGCUAAAUACACUGAGAGCGCUUUCCACGGCCAACCGGCGUUGCCGGUCCGCCGAAACGACGACAUGUCAUUCGAACAAAUGUUGCUAGAUAUAAAAAAGAAAUUAAAUAAACGAAAAGGCGACAAAAACCGUGACGACACAGCU